UGAAAGAAAGCAAGCACGCAAUAGGCUCAAGCUUCUGACAGCUCCACAAAUCAGAUUUAGGAGACUCAUCCACAGCAACAUAAUGGCUUUCCAGAAAAACCUGCAUUUCCUGGUAUUCCUGCUGCUGAUUGUUAACACUCAGUUUUCCACGGCCCAACACUGGUCCCAUGGUUGGUAUCCAGGAGGGAAGAGAGAAGUGAGUCUGUCUCAAUCUCCAGAUGCUUCAGAAGAAAUCAAGUUAUGUGAAGGUGAGGGUUGCCUGUUGCUGCGGAGUCCACAUAGAGGGAUCAUAAGGAGUAUUGUGAUGGAUAUGUUGGUGCAACAGAUUCAGAAGAAAAAAUGAAGUCUGCCUUGUUUUCAGAUUGCCCCCAGUGUAAAUUAUAAGCUCAUGAAGCUGAUGUGCCUGAAGAUAUUUUCCUCAGAAAUAUGAUUUUAAAUUCUGCAAUGAAUUUCUGUCAAAGUUCAGUAAGCUCAUCUCAUGUACAUGGCUUGAAGACUAUUGAAUGGCGCUGUGAGACUGUUUGAGUGACAUCUGUGAAAACACUGCAGAUAGACUUCCCUUUCUGGCAUUUUAAUUUCAACCAUGUGAAAUGAAGGACUUUAUUUUGCCAUAUAUCAAUAACACCAACUCUCAAAUGCUAUUGCUUGAACAUGAGAAAUACUCAAGAAAAGAGAUAUAAACAGUUGUUGUGUUUUAUUUAGUAACUGUUUUUCCAAGUUUUGGCAUUAUUUUGCCUGAACCUAAAGCAA